UACAGAGUUGCCCCUGAUUCAGUGGAUAUAUAUGCCACUCGUGUCCAGUCCUUUUCAUCCAUUGAAACCGUCCUCCGACUUCCACGCCUCGGUUCCGGCCAAUAGGCUGAUUCAGCGGAUACAAAGUUAUGUCUCGGCCACAGGAGCAGAAAAGCUCUCCUCGUCAAGGUUCAGCGGAACGGGAAAAAUCUUCGUCUAGCUCAUCGGUUCCUCCUCCUCAGAGACCGUCAGGAGCUUGUGUGCAGUGCAAAGCACUCAAGAUUCGUUGCGAGUUCAUACCGGAAGAGGAUACGUGUGUAAGAUGCAGGGCCAGUGGCACCGAAUGUGUUUCGCGAGGUCGCAAGAAACGAAGAGCGGCACCGACACAGGAAGAACUCCAGCAACGUUCACAGUCUCAGGACUUGCAAAUCCAAUCGCUUCUGCGGCGGCUUGACGAAACAAAAGCGCGUUCCAAAGUGCUCCAUUGUCUUGCUCAGGCACAAGCGGAGGCCGACUCUAUGAGUAGACGCUCGCACGAAACGUAUGCAAACGUAUCGAGGGGUCGGCCAACCGCAUACCCCGGAGCGCCUUCGAACCCCGGGCUACUGGGACAAGCAAAUUACGCGGAUAGAUUUGCAAACUAUGCAAGCAGCAGCAACCAACCUGCCAUUCUCCAAAGCGGGCUAUUUGGCCCUCUUGAGAUCACUGCGCUGUUCGAUCUAUACUUCGACAGAGUACAUGCAUCCUUCGCGAUUCUUGAUCCUGAGAUACACACGCCGCAAUACCUGAUGUCUAAAUCACCCUUGUUGUUCACCAUGAUACUCGCGAUUGCCACACGCCACUGGCAGCCUCGACCAAAGCUCCAUCAGCUUGCGAUGGCAUAUGCCUGUGAGGCCGUGACACAGGCUCUCAUUGAUAGCUGCCAUGCUAUUGAGACCUGUCAGGCUUACAUUCUCCUGACCGUCUACCCAGCACCAUUCCAGCGGUGGUUUGAGAAUCGAAGCUGGCUACUUAUCGGGGCUUCCAUUCGAAUGGCGCAACAUCUACAGCUGGAUUACCCGCCGCCACCGGAAGUUCCUGAGCGCGAGAGGCUUAACCGCAUCAGGACCUGGUUCUUCAUCAUGGUAGUGGACACGUCGCACUGCAUUCAACGUGGGAGGACGCCGGCGAGGUCACGGAGCGACUUCACCAACCAAAUAUUUGAUCUCUGGUAUAGGUGCUCCACUCUGAAUCUGUCGUAUGACAUCUAUAUCGUGGCCUACUUGGAUUCAAUGCGGCUCGCUAUACAGCUUCUGGAAGCUGUCCAGCCAGACAGGUCGAAUCCCGACUUGUGGGAGGAGCCUGACGUCCUUGCCCUCGUGCGGGAGUAUGACUACAAGAUCACGCAGCGGUACAAUCACUGGCAGCAGCGUCUCACGGAGCAGCACAAUCCCGCAGACUGGCGAGUGAAAGCUGAGCGAGACACCAGGUUGACUCUGAAUACGUGUCUUCAGAGACUCGUAGUCCUAGGUGCCGGUGUUCACUGGUGCCUGAAGAAAGGGGUCGCUCUUGCUCCAGAUAUCUUUGACUCUUCGGUCCAGAUAGCGAAAACCACGCUACGCAUACACAUCGACCAGCUGUAUCCCAACGGGCACCUGCGCUACGCCAUCGAGCCUCAAUUUCUGUACGUGACGUACACGGCCGCAUUUCUAUUGAAGCUGCUGGACCCGCGCUUCGCCACUCUCGUGGACCGCGCGCUCCGCGACAGCAUCUUGACAGACGUGCACUCACUCAUCCGAGUAUGGGCGUCGGCCGAUGUCGCUCUGGACAAACAGCAUGCCCCCUACAUUUACUCGCGCUUCCUCUCGUCGCUUCUGAGCAAGUAUCUUGAAGCACAGAAUGCAGGCCCUGAUGCUUCGGUUCAUGCGCCUCUAGACUUCUCGUGGCCACAAGGACCUCGUUCGGACAGCCCCCAGGGCUACGAUGUAGGUCCGAUGGGGUAUCAGACAGUCUUCGAUGCGGACCCAGCACAAUUUGUCGAGGCCUCGCAAGGAGGAGACGCAUUUGCCUUCCAGAACUUCGUGACGAACGUCAAGACUGCUCAAGCGGGAUGGCAGAUGUCUGAACCCCAGCCGCUGACCUCGUUCCACGAGCCAUCGUGGCAGGCAGGGUCGUGGUGCGAAGACCUGCAGCAACUUGGCGCUGCAGCUUGGGACCAUCCCGCAGGAGCGAACACACUGUAUGAACGAACUGUAUUGUCAGGCUGAUCGAUAGGGACCCCUCACGCCUUCGGACACAUGUGCAUAUGAUGUAUAAUAUCUGAUUUGCUUUGGUUGACGGACAUGGAUGUAAUUGUAGCACAUAGCGCAUAUCACGGAUGAAGCCUGGCGCGCGGAGCGACAUACCGGCAUGGCUUGCCCGUACUACACAUCUUCCGGGACUCUGCCUUCUCACAUGCGCCUUCGUACGCGAGUUCCGGGUGUCGUGCACGAGUGGGUGGGAGAAAGGGG